GAAAAUCUUUCCCCAAUUACCGAAUCCGCUCCGCUUCACUGUGGUUCGCUGCUCUCGCUGCGGUCGGAUCGGGUGGAAAAUCGGUGUGCGUAUCUGACGUAAAUUGUGGCAGUGAAAUUUGGGGACGAUUCGAGCGGAAAAGUCAAGUGUUUCGUGCAUUCCGCAGGUUCCGUUUCCAGGUUCGUUGACUAAUUGGACCGAUUCGCUCCCCCCGAAAUGUGUGUGGUAACUUAGUCGAGCUGGCACUCGGCGGUGAUUAGCAGUGGUGGAAAAUAGCAGAGCAAUAGCUGCAGUGUCCUUUCCCUGGUGACACACGCACAGGUCGUUUUUUUUUUCUUUUGGAGAUAGUUUUUCUUCGCAAUCGAAAAGUUUCGUAAGGAAGUUCUUCCUAUUGUGCGAUUCAGGAGAAAAUGGUUCAGUGGAAAAACUAUUUAUCGCUUCCGGUGUAGAGGAAAAAGUUCCAACGAAAAACGGGUGCAUCGCUUUUCUGGAUAGUAUCUGCGAAGCGAAAAAAAAGUUGUGACCCCUUUUUCCAGCAAACCGCGCAGUUACAGCAGCAGCAUCAGUGGUAUUAGUCAACGACUGAGUGUAUGUGUGAAGGAAAACGCUAGUGGAGAAGAAAAUCUCAACCCACCGCACUCAGCGAACGUGAGAAGUGAGAAGGAGUACAUCUGUGUAGUGAGAAAGAGAGCGUUCGUCCAGACAGCCCAGGAUGCAAUCAGUCAGUAUGAUCGAUGGCCACAGCCAGAGCGCUGAUGGGGAACCAAAACUCAUGAAAGUCACCGCAGCAGAUUCAAUUCCACCGGGGUCCUCCACGGAGACAGCAGGCAGCAAAAGCAGCUCAGAAAAGCUCGUUGUUCACCUGAUUGUGAGUUUUCGUGAUAUCUGUAUAUUUACGUUGCUUCUUCCACUGGGCACAUUGUUUGUGUGUUUCGUCUCCGCUUACGUCUUCCAGCCAGAGGAAAUCCACGAGACGCACUGUCGGGUGUAUAACAUAAUUCCCUCGAUUAGUGCCAUCACGGGUGUAAGUCCCCAGCGCUACCUGUGGCGAAUCUCGAUAGCGCUCCACAUCGGACCAAGGUUUGUCAUCGCUUUCGUGUACAAGAACUACUACCGUGGUCUUAUCAACGAGCUCAACGAUUCGCUGAGUAUAAAAAAGGCCACUCGUUUGCUCAAGAUAGUCUAUUGGCUGAACUUGGUGGAGAUUAGCGCCCUCUGUGGAGUGACCUACAUUUCGAACAAAGAAAAUUAUCCCCUCCACGAGAAGGUCUUCAUCCUGUUCAUGACUUCGUCGCUGUCGUACAUGCUGGCGAUACUGAAGCUACUCAAAGAGCUGCAACCGAACGGGCCGCAGACGGCCCAGGAGGAGUCUUCAUUGCGCUACAAGAAGGCCUUCUUCGCUCUCUCGAUCGCGUCCACCGUUGGGUUGAUACUGUUUUUCCUAAAGCAUCGUUUCCUCUGCCAUGAUUUGGCAUUUAGUUGGUUCGCACUGUGCGAGUACAUUGUGGCCUCGGCCAACAUGGGUUUCCACUGUACCACGAUGCUGGACUUCCCCACGGAGGACUUCCUGAUUGCCAAAAACGCGAACCGCUAUCGAAAGCAGCAGGCUUCGAUCAGUUGGAAGACGGAUUGAGGUGGCUGACAGCAGCAGUCACGGCUAGGUGUCACUACUGGCUAGUGUCAACCUGUAGCAGCCGCUCGCUGUCUUGGGCGCCGUUUGUUGUCGUGAGAAAAAAAAGUAUUUAAAUGGUAGUAGCAGAUUUUAUUUACUUUCGAUUGGCUAGGUUUACGAGGAACGAGGAGAUAUAACUACUAAACUUCGCAUUUCGCGCUCAAACAGAGAAUUCGGGGAAUCCGUUCGGGGGUUUCGAAAUACCAGUGACAAGUUCUUACCUAGUGCUGAAUGGAAACAAAACACUUAAUAUUAUUAAGAAGAGCUAAGGAGUAUUUUUAAAAAUUUAAGCAUUACAGAAAAAACAGAAACUAUUUACUUAAGUAUGCAACGUAGUAAGAUGGUGUGGAGAAAUGCUAGUCAUGAGAGUGUUCCCUCGGAGCGAUUUGAUGUGGGAUGGAAGCUGAAGCUGUCGCAGAUGUUGUGUUAGUGUUUUCUCUGCUAGACAUUAAAUUUUUUUUUCUCUGUUUUUAUUUGAAGAUUUAUUACCCACGUUCUACCGAUAAACAAUUAUUCGUUUCUGACAUUUCCCAUCCCUGAACCUUCAAUUGGACAGACGCAAAUCGCUCCCCAGUGAAGAUAUUUAGUCAUACGAGCCGAAAUGGAGCGAUACGAACGAUUACAAGCCACAAACCUUUCGCAAUUCAAUUCAUCCCAGAGCGAAUAAAAAUAUGUAGAACAGAGAUGAACAUACUAGUUUAUUCCCCGAUUUAAAUAUCUUCGAGUCAAUGCUAGAGAGAGAAAAAUGAAACAAAAAAUAACGAAAUUUUAUGAUAUUGUUAGUCGACAUCGGCUACAGAUGUAUAGUUGAAUGACAAACCAAAUAUAGAGAAAUUAAGACAAGCCAAGUUCUGAAGGAAACCAGAAACAUUGUAAGUUAGAAAAAUGAAAAAAAAGAUCAUACUUUUGUUAGGCGCGCAUAGCUGGUUUUCUUUGGCGUCUUGAUUCAGAUGGAAUGAAACCGUAGACUAUUAGUUUGUAAGACUAGAUCAAUUCCAGUGUUUUCCGUUUGUCAUACGAAAUCAACAGCCACGUGUUUCCAUUUUUAUUUAACACCCUGUACCCUCACAUUGAUGCCUGAGCGUUUAUCUGUCAGUUUAAGUGUGUAAUAUCAUUUGUGCCAUUACCUUGCCAUUACUUUGCCAAUUUUAACGUUAGCAAAAGUUUUCAUUCUGGCAUGGUGAAGUUAGGAAGGUCCCAGUUCCAGCUUUUGUUCGCAUCUCCCGCACUCCCUCUCUCGCUUGUGUCGUCAAUCGGACAAAUUGGAAACUCAAACCAAAACGAAGAAUCACAAACAUAACUCCUGUAGUAACUACAUAUCAUUAAACAAGCAAAUGGUGAUGAUAUCGCGUAACAAUUGAUUAUCUUUGAAAUAUUUGGAGUGCCCUCUUUGAAGCGAAUUGGAAAAAAACAAAAUCUCAACGUUCUGGGAACAAAAAAAUCUCAAUCAUGAAAAAAAAACGAAACAACUAUAUCUGUGAUUAGUAAAAACCAUUGGUCGAAAUAAUAGAUUCCACACAUAUAAUAAUCUGCCCACCGUUCGUUAAGUUUGUGCUUCAAUUAAUCCAGCCACUUUGCGUUCAUAAAUUGGUUACUUAUUUAUUUCGUUAUGGAGUGCCGAAGGAUAUACGCCGAGAGCCUAGAGGAGAAAGCGAGAGAAGUGGUAAAGAGAUAAGAUGAGGGAAUUUCGCUUAACAUACAACAAACAAAACAACCCACAUACACAUGCACGUGCAAUCGAAGUUAAAAAGUUAAAAACAGAAUGAAACAAAAAAAAGCGGUACAGAUCCAUUUAAAACCAUGUCUUCUUCGAAACAAAAAAAAAACAAAACAAACACCAUCACAGAAGUACACUGAGAAAAAAAAAACAGAA